AUGUGUCCGACUGUCUAUGUCCGACUGUCUUUGUGUCUGACUGUCUAUGUGUCCGACUGUCUAUGUGUCCGACUGUCUCUGUGUCCGACUGUCUAUGUGUCUGACUAUCUAUGUGUCCGACUGUUUAUGUGUCCGACUGUCUCUUUGUCCGACUGUUUAUGUGUCCGACUGUCUCUGUGUCCGGCUGUUGAUGUGUCCGACUGUCUAUGUGUCCGACUGUCUAUGUGCCUGACUAUCUAUGUGUCCGACUGUUUAUGUGUCCGACUGUCUCUUUGUCCGACUGUCUAUGUGUCUGACUGUUUAUGUGUCCGACUGUCUAUGUGUCCGACUGUCUAUGUGUCCGACUGUCUCUUUGUCCGACUGUCUAUGUGUCCGACUGUCUAUGUGUCCGACUGUCUAUGA